AUGCCAAUGGAGCAAGUACCCGUUUUAGAAAUUGACGGUGUGAAAUUCCAUCAGCACACGUCGAUUUGCAGAUACAUUGCAAAUAAAUUCAAUCUUUGCGGCGCCAAUGGAGAAGAAUCUCUUGAAAUAGAUGCUAUUGUAAAUGAUAUUAACGACAUGCGUAUUGAAAUCGCAAAUUAUUAUAAAGAAGAGGAUCCGAAUUUCAAGACAAAAUUAGAACAAAAAUUGUUGGAAAAAUUGCCAUUUUUUUUGAACAAAUUUGAAUCUAGAGUUUUGGAGAAUAAUGGAUAUCAUGGGCAGACAUUUAUUACGCUGGAAUAA